AUGUCGACUAACACAUCGCCCACACAGGCACAAACGUCCAGCCACCGGCCAAGGCAGAUCAGCGACAAGCGACGUGAUAAGAAACGCGUGGCCGAUCGACUAUGCCAACGCCAGGCACGAGCCCGCACAAAGAACAAGAUCGCCGAGCUGGAAGCGUUGGUGGCACACCUGACAAGCCAGUCCGGCAAUGAAAUCUACAGAGAGUUGAAGGAUGAGUUAGAAAAGUCUCGCGCCGAAAGCCAGUCUCUCAGGCGUAAACUCACAACCAUCGCGUCGAUAGCUCGAAACGGCGAUGAAGGCCCAGUAAAUGCAACGCAUCAUACUCCUGGUAACGACGAUGCUGAUAUCUCCCUCGAGCAAGACAUCUCUAUCUCUGCUGCGGAUGAUCUAGAAAUCCACAGUGCAUCUGCUAGUCACCAAGGUGGAAAUGCGUGUGACAUCCACGGAGAUUAUGGUUCCAACUUCCCUGGCGCCGAAAGCUCGAGUUUCAAUUUCUUGGACGGUAUACUGGAUGUGGACACGCCCAAUCAGGCGGGAUUUGCUGCAUCACUACUAUCACCGUCACCGCCUCAAGCCGACACGAUGGGGAGUGCAUGCAACUUUCCCCUGCCAGCAACGACUUCGAUCGACCUUUCUUUCCCCGAGAGUCGGUCGUCCUGCUCUUGUGUCCCUCGCACAGAGUCUAAUAUGUGGUCGUCCAUGAGCCAGACGUUGAUGGACUGGAAGGCCCAGCAGCGGUCCGGGCUGAAACCGGGCGAGAACCACGACGACAUCGCCGUUCGAGCCGUGACGGAAGGUUGGGACGCCCCGUCUCUAGGCACGUUGAGCGUCCCAUGGCGGAUUCUGUCGCAAGUAGAUCGGAAAGUAUGGGCCAACUGUCGCCCUGUGGACCGGUUGGCCGUUCUCAGCAUCAUGAAUAUGCUCCUACAAUGCCAUCUUAACCCUUCGGAAGAAAACCUAUCUGGUCUACCUGCCUGGUAUAGACCGAGGCAUGACCCCCCACCACCGUCACGCAGACCGUCUCAAAUGGCCCAGAAACACGCUUAUGCCAUAGACUUCUUCGUGUGGCCUGGCAUCCGCGAGAGGUUUAUCUACCAUCAGCACAAGUACUGUUCCGACAAAUUCUGGUCUCUCCUGGCCCAGCAUUUCCGCUUCGUCUGGCCCUACGACCUCCGCGACUGUUAUGCACAUAACCGAUCGACCGGCCGGUAUCAGCUCUCGGACCUGUUCCGUCGCCAUCUCAACGACCUCUCGUCCUUCACCUUCUGUCACGACAUGUUCAAUAGCUUCCCUGAGUUUGAAUGCGAUAUUCCGAAAUAUAUGACCAUCCCACGGAGCCUGGAAUGCGAAUCCCAUCUGGAGCCCGGUUCCGGUCGGGAGCCACUGCCUUUGGUUGGCGCACGAGCACAGUGGCCUUACUUUAUACCGGGAGAACCAGAACCUAGCGACAUUGCGGGAGGCGGCGAACAUAUGAUCAUGCCGUGGGCCCCUCCGCUCCAAGUAUCAAGUCGUCACUACGGCUACUGA